CCGGCUGGUCCCGUCGAGCGCGCCCCGCACCGCGGGAGAUGGCGGGUGGGCACCGCACCGCCACCCGCGGAAGGCAGCGCCUGCUUUUGCCAGCUGAGCGGGAGCCGAUCUGGUAAAGCGAUCUGCCCUCGUCAGAAUGUCAUAUCCAGGCUAUCCUCCCACAGGCUACCCACCUUUCCCUGGAUAUCCUCCUGGGGGUCAGGAGUCAUCUUUCCCCCCUCCGGGUCAGUAUCCUUAUCCUAGCGGCUUUCCUCCAAUGGGAGGCGGUGCCUACCCAGCAGCGCCAAGUAGUGGCUACCCAGGAGCUGGAGGCUACCCUGCCCCCGGAGGCUAUCCAGUCCCCGGGGGCUAUCCCGGCGCCCCGCAGCCAGGGGGAGCUCCGUCCUACCCCGGAGGCCACGGGUUUGGAGCCCCAGCAGGUGGAGCUGGCUUUGGAGGCUAUCCACAGCCACCCUCGCAGUCUUACGGAGGUGGCCCAACACAGGUCCCACUACCCGGUGGCUUUCCUGGAGGACAGAUGCCUUCUCAGUAUCCUGGAGGACAAGCUCCUUACUCUAGUCAGCCUGCUGCGAUGACUCAGGGAACUCAAGGAACAAUUCGACCGGCUGCCAACUUUGAUGCUAUAAAAGAUGCAGAAAUUCUUCGUAAAGCAAUGAAGGGUUUUGGGACAGACGAACAGGCAAUUGUGGACGUUGUGGCCAACCGUUCCAACGACCAAAGGCAAAAAAUUAAAGCAGCUUUUAAGACCAUGUACGGAAAGGAUUUAAUCAAGGACCUCAAAUCAGAGUUAAGUGGAAACAUGGAAGAACUGAUCCUUGCCCUGUUCAUGCCAACUACAUAUUAUGAUGCCUGGAGUUUACGGAAUGCAAUGAAGGGAGCAGGAACUCAGGAACGUGUAUUGAUUGAAAUUUUAUGCACAAGAACUAAUCAGGAAAUCCAAGAAAUUGUCAGAUGUUAUCAGUCAGAAUUUGGACGAGACCUUGAAAAGGACAUUAGGUCAGAUACAUCAGGGCAUUUUGAACGUUUACUUGUUUCCAUGUGCCAGGGAAACCGUGAUGAGAACCAGAAUGUUAACCACCAGUUGGCUCAGGAAGAUGCUCAGCGUCUCUAUCAAGCUGGUGAGGGGAGGCUGGGGACAGAUGAAUCUUGCUUUAACAUGAUUCUUGCCACAAGAAGCUUUCCUCAGCUGAAAGCUACCAUGGAGGCUUAUUCCAGGGUGGCUAAUCGAGAUUUGUUAAGCAGUGUUGGUCGUGAGUUUUCUGGAAAUGUUGAGAGCGGUUUGAAGGCCAUCUUGCAGUGCGCCCUGAACCGCCCCGCCUUCUUUGCUGAGAGGCUCUACUAUUCUAUGAAAGGCGCCGGCACAGAUGACUCCACCCUGGUCAGGAUCGUGGUUACUCGCAGUGAGAUUGACCUUGUACAAAUAAAACAGAUAUUCUGUCAGAUGUAUCAGAAGACCCUGGGCACAAUGAUUGCAAGUGACACAAGCGGAGAUUACCGAAGGCUUCUUCUAGCCAUCGUGGGCCAGUAGGAGGGAUUUUUUUUUAAAUGAAUGAAGUUAUUCGAAGCUUACCCUUUAAAGCAGUGACUGACCUGCAUGCAGCAAUAUCAGCCAUCAAUGUAACCAAAAGAGCUUUUUAUUAAAGACUGUGUCAGGGCUGUGCUUGGUUUGCACAUGUGGUUAUUGCCUUAAUUCCAAUGUUAUUUUUUCUCUAUAUACAAUCAGUGUAAAGCCAUAAUCAUAAUGUAGUAUAAAUGGAAUGUUUGUAAAGCAUACUUUUCUCACUGCUCUUAUUCUAAUCAGGAUACCAAAUUGAAUAAAAAUCACAACAAUCUCUAAUUUUGUGUAAUAAUACUGAAUUUUUAAAAAGGUUGCUAAAAAUCCUGCCUGCUAACGUUCUACUAGGUCCAUUGGACAGUUAGAAUUGGUGGUAUUUCAAAACUGUAUUACUUUUAAAAAAUUUAGCUCUUUUAACCUAGACUAAUUUACAUCUUAUUUUAUAUAAAUUGGUAUUAUGUACUCAUAAACACCUGUACACAUAGAAAAUAGAUUAGUAUUGCCUGUAGCAACUUUUAAAAAUGGGAGUAGGUGUUAUAUGCAUAAAAUACAUAGCCUACAUUUAUGUCUACUAAAACUCCCUAAAUACCUUUAUUGGCCCCUGAUU